AUGGGGAGUGUGCGAAGCCACCGCUACAGCAUCGUGUCCUCUGAGGAAGACGGCAUGAAGCUGGCCACUAUUGCCGUCCCCAAUGGCUACGGAAACGGCAAUGUCAACAAGGUGCACACAGAACACCAACAUCAGAGCCGCUUCGUCAGGAAGGAUGGUCACUGCAAUGUGCAGUUUAUCAAUAUGAGUGAGAAAGGCCAGCGGUACCUGGCAGAUAUCUUCACCACCUGUGUGGACAUUCGCUGGCGCUGGAUGCUGCUCAUAUUCUGCCUUUCUUUCCUGGUGUCGUGGUUGUUUUUUGGCUUUGUCUUCUGGGUGGUGGCCCUCUCUUAUGGGGACUUAGAGAAUGAGACUCAGAUGUGUGUUUCCAAUGUGGACAGCUUCACCGCUGCUUUCUUGUUCUCAGUGGAGACCCAAACCACAAUUGGCUAUGGUUAUCGCUAUGUAACAGAGGAGUGCCCCGUUGCUGUCUUCAUGGUCGUCUUCCAAAGCAUUUUGGGCUGCAUCAUUGAUGCUUUCAUCAUUGGUGCUGUCAUGGCCAAGAUGGCCAAGCCCAAAAAGAGGAAUGAGACCCUUGUGUUCAGCCACUAUGCUACAGUGGCCAUGAGGGAUGGUAAACUGUGCCUGAUGUGGCGUGUGGGGAACCUGAGGAAGAGUCAUCUGGUGGAGGCCCAUGUCAGGGCUCAGCUCCUUAAGUCCCGCACCACCGCCGAGGGAGAGUUCAUCCCUCUGGAUCAGGUAGACAUUGACGUCGGCUUCGACAGUGGCAUUGACAGAAUCUUCCUGGUGUCUCCAAUUACCAUUGUGCACGAGAUUGACGAGGACAGCCCAUUUUACGAGAUGAGCAAACAGGAGUUGGAGACGUCAGAGUUUGAGAUCGUAGUGAUUCUGGAGGGCAUGGUGGAGGCUACAGCCAUGACCACUCAGUGUCGGAGCUCGUAUGUGGCCAGCGAGAUUCUGUGGGGCCACCGCUUUGAGCCGGUGCUGUUUGAAGAAAAGAACUACUACAAGGUGGACUACUCUCGCUUUGACAACACAUAUGAGGUGCCCAGCACACCCCACUGUAGUGCUAGGGAACUAGCUGAGAAGAAGUCCAACGCCUCCAGCUCGAGGAACUCCUUUUGUUACGAGAACGAGGUGGCUCUCGAAAAAGUCGAGAUGGAGGAGGAAUUUGAGGUGGAUGAUAACAGGCACAUGAUUGGCGUUGAGCUUGGGUCACUUGAGGACACAAACACAGAUGUGGUGUCUGACUCUGAAUGCAAUCUGGACGCUUUGCCUUUAGAAUCCCGACCUUUGACAGCUGAAUCAGAGAUAUGACUGCUGGGAUAAAGAAGGUUUAAACACUACCACAGGGUAUGUUAAAGUUUGCUUGAACUUUGGUCCUGAUUGAUGUUGUCGAUUACGUAUGACAGUUUGAAAAGACUGUGAUCUGAGUAUGACAUUCUCUGUGCAGAAGCUCAAGCACAAGACACCAAGGAAAUACAAACAUUGUUUUUGGUGAAAUUGGUGGUAAAUUAACUGGUUGCAUGAAGAUAAAAUGGGUUAGAUUCCUGCACUUACACACUAUGCAGUCUGUUUCUGUGCAUAGUCCCCUUAUUAAGCUAAAUAUUUUGGUAGAACAGCCAAUUGGGCUGACUAAAUUUGUUAAUUUAUUCAAGUGAAUAUUUCCAGUUUGCACAUUUUGCAUUGAGCAUCCUAUGUGUAAUAGGUCUUUUUUGUGGCCUAAACGUCACGUGAGGUUUUGACUGGCUAAAAUAAUUUAACAUAUUUACUUUCAAUUGAAAAAAAAUAAAUGAAACCAGAAGUAUUUAGAUUUGAUUUCAAAUGCCAACCCAAAUGUAUGCAUUUUUAAACAUUUUAAGUUCAACAAUCUUCUUUUAAAGGCUACUAACGUCAUUUUGAAAAGUUAAACAACCUGCACAAAAAAAGGCUACUGUUUGUUAAUGAGCUGGUCUCUUAGCAAAGUGUACGUCUAGUCUUCUUCCGUGUAGUGGUCUUGGUGUGUUCUCAUGGCGCAAGGCCGGAAAGAGAUGUCUUACACAGGUUACGAGCACAAGUACACUAUGCUCCUCAACCUAUCAUCUUGUGUAAGUGUAGCAUCUUUUGCAACGUGUGCCUUAAGAAACGUCUCAGUCCCGGUGGAGACACUCAGGAGGUUUGGCUUCGACUGAGCACACACUGCAUUAGAUGUCACAGGAGGAAGCAUUCAGAGGCGAUUCACUGUGCAGACUACUGCCACUUCUUGCAGGUCUUCAUGUUCGAGUGUGCAAUACAGUUCAGUGGUAGAAUGUGUCAGGAAGCUCGAGCCUGAGCCGAGGUUAUGAAUGUUGAUGAUACGUGCUGCUAAGUUACAUAUUGUAUGUUUAUAGAGAAAUCUAGGAGCCAAAAUGUAUUAUUUGUCUUUUAAGGUAUCCAUUUUGAAGAUUGCAGAUGCAGCCUAUAAUGUUAUUUUUAGUUGUAGAAAAGCAUGAUUCUGUCAGUGUGUUUUCCAAAGCUUUAGUGCACUUUCAUCCUCACGAGAGGAUUC